GAACAACAUACCGUUGGUGCAAGUGGCACGUUCUUCGGAAAGCUAAAGAGAGUUUGGGAUAUCAUUAUACUAAGAAAAGUGACUUCAGAGCAGAAUUCCAUAGAUUGGUGAAUGACAUGCUGACAGUUGAAGAGUUUGAGAAUGGUUGGAUCGAUCUCAUGAAGAAAUACAGUUUGCAGACUAAUGCCUUCCUCAUUCAAAUAUAUGAGGUUAGGCGCAAGUGGGCAAAGUCGUUUUUUGCUGGGAAAUUUUGUGUCAAAAUGACUAGUACAUAGAGGAGUGAGAGCGCCAAUCACAUGCUGAAGAAUUAUGUACCUCCGGCAUGCCCAAUGAAUUUAUUUGUGAGGCAAUAUGCCAAACUACAGUUUGAUAGAGAACGGGAAGAAGGGUUCCAAGAGAAGAGGACAAAACUGGCUGGAGUUGUCCUUAAGGUCAACAUACCAAUUGAACGCCAUGCAAGUACAGUGUAUAACAGGGCCAUGUUUGAGUUAUUUGGCAAAAGCCUUUAUUACUCUGGUUCUUAUUGCAUCGAAGAAUUAGUACCAAGGAGGGAGUACCUGGAUACACAUGUAAAGUCUGAAUCGAGGGAGAAAUGGUACAAGAGCAGAUACAAGGUUGUUGUUUCAGAAUUCAAAGAUUUGUUCUCAUGUGAAUGUGGACUCUUCGAGCAUAUGGGGAUGAUUUGCUGCCAUGCAUUGAAGGUGAUGAUAGUUUUGGGAUUGAAUGAGAUACCAAGGAAACACAUAAUGAAAAGGUGGACCAUAGAUGCACGAGAUAUUUUGCCGGAACAUCUUAAGCAUUAUCAAAAAGAUGUAGGGCUGCCUUAUUCCACAACUUUCAGGCACAAUGCAAUGUACAUCUCCGCCCUUGAGUUGGUUAUGAUGGGCGAUAGCAAUGCUGAGGCUUUCGAGUUUGUAAUGAGCGGUCUAGCAGAACUGAAGGCCGGUGCACUACCCCUUAGUAAUCUAAAAGAUGGAAUGAGUCUAAUUGAGAAAAAGAAGUCUGCGAAAUCUUCAUCUAUAGGAAAAUCAGUUGGUGGGAAGGGGACUCAGAAACAAAAUGUGGAUGAUGAUGCUGGGUCUAGUGCUGGGAACCGUGAAUGGAAAAAAAAACAAGACAAAGAUGGUCAAAUGGGGUGAGGGGUGCUCGGUGGUUGGUAAUCUACAGUGCAGUGUGAGGACAGUAGCACCGCCGAUUCAAAUAUUGCAGUGACUUCUAGAUGCAUGGAUACAGAUAGCGAUGUGUCACUAUUACCGCCUAAGAAGAAACCGAGGAUGAAAGGACAUCCCACAACAGCGAGAGACAAGCCAAAUUAUGAAAUAACAGACAAGCGGUCGAGGUUUUGUACCAUCUGCCGUGGAAAAGGGCACAAAAGAACAACAUGCCCUCAAAGGGGCAACGAACCACAGAAGCCAAGGAAGAUACCAACAUGCACAAAUUGUGGCGUAGCCGGCCAUCGCAGGAACAAUUGUUCCAAAGUACUGUACUCUACAUUAGAAGGGGGUCCGUCUGUAGGAUGUGCUUGAAGAUGUUUUUGAAUUUUUACUUGAAUUUGUGAUGGAGCAAACUUAUGUAUUAAUUGUUGUACCCUAAACUAUAUUUGCUACAAUCUUGGAGAUGUGAUUGAAGUGCUUGAAGUCUCUUUAUUUGAAUUUGUGGUGAGGCUCGGUUCAGAGUUUUUGUUAUUAAUCAUGUGGAGAAAAUGUUAAAAUCAUGUGUUUGGGCAUUAUAAUCUGGUUGGUUUGAGGAUAAGUCACAAAGCAUUUGCAUAACUUACUACCUUUGACCGGAAAUCCGAGAUAGAUUAGAAGACAACAUUGGAGAAAUCUUCUUUCUGAAUUAAUAAUAAAUAUAUAUUCCAAACGUGAUCACUUAUUUUUGAAAAGAAUAAGAAGAGUUUUUUUGAAUUGAUUCAAUGGUUGAUAUAAAAAAAGUUAGUCUGGAGUAUGUGUUGGCAGUGGGAAAACAAUGUGCGCACACUGUCCGGUGGGUGGGAAGUGAGUAUUGAAUGGUUCCUUUUGAAUUUUGAAUCCACUGUGAGAGACGGUUGUACAUUGGUGAACAUAAAAGGAGAAGCAGAGUGGUGAGCAAAGUUCGGUACUCCACACCGGUAGUAAAGGAGUUCAUCACCUUAUUGAGCGAGAUAGAGAAGAUAGAAACCUUGAGAGAAAAGAUGGAGAUGCUGAUGGAUGCAAAGAAGAAACGUCCAAGGAGCUAUUUGGUUAGUUAAAUAUAUAUUCCAUUUGUAGAAGUAAGUUUUCCGUUAGUUAGUUAUUUGUAAUAAUAAUUGGAUUUUAGGCAGCUGUAAGUGCUGAAGGAGGGGCAGCGAAGGCUGUUAUCCAGAAUGGAGAUGCAUCCUGUGGAUCCGAAGUUGAGCAGGUAGCAAAUAUUAGUGAGUUAAUAAAUUGAAUGCAGUUUCAGAUAUGUGUGUUUUGACGGCCUCGCUGAUAAAAUACAGGUUGUGAAAUUGGGGAAGGUUGGUAGGAAGGAAGUUGCUAGAGGCAAAAAGAUAGUACUGGUGGUAAGUUCGAAAUUUUGUAACAUGCACUGCGCAUUCAUUUAUGAAAACAGAUUCUUAAUGAUGGAUUUUUUUUAAGGUUGGAUGCAACAAAGGGUGGGGUGAGGUUGGUAUUUGUGGUCAGGUUGUCAUUAAGAAACCUGAUUACGAGCCCUGCACAAAUGAAGACGAUGCAGUAUCUGGAAGUCCUACUGGAGGGAUGGUUGCUAUUGGUUCGUGUGAAAGCGAAGAUGAAGUUGACAACAUCUGGAGCGAGAAGAUUAAGACUAAAUGAAUGUUUUUACCCCCACACAAUGUGGUAGUAGGAGUUUGAUGUGUCUGUCCUUUAUUUCUGUGGACUAGUAUGUAUUAAUCUGGUAAUUUCAAUAUGAUGGUGCUGCUUUGCUUUUAAUUUUGUUACUGGUGGUAAUGGGCUGGUUGGUGGAUGGUGGUCGAUGGACAGCAGUAAAUUUUUUGGGCCUAUAUUAAUGUCGUAAUGCGGUUUGUUCUAAUAAGCAUGCAUUUUGCUUUUAAUUUUGUUACUGGUGGUAAUGGGCUGGUUGGUGGAUGGUAGUCGAUGGACAGCAGUAAAUUUUUUGGGCCUAUAUUAAUGUCGUAAUGCGGUUUGUUCUAAUAAGCAUGCAUUUAAGAGGGGGUGUAAAAGUGCUGGUAGCUUUUUUUACUGAGAAUGGUAAUGCGUGCAGGCAGGAUGAGCUUCACUACAGGUGGGCAAACACACGAGCUGUAGUUACAAGUGUAAAUGCGCCAAUGAACUUAUUGGCGUGCACCGGGGUGGAGACGUGUUGAUACAUACUGUGCGGUGGCUAAAACGAUAGCUGUAUCAGAGGUAAAGAUGCCUAAUAGUUAUUGUGAGUUGACAUGUACGAAUAGAAAACAUUUUACUUGGGGCAAAUGAGAUGUGUAGCAUGUGCACAUUAAUACAAAGGGUGGGACUAGUUGGUAGCUGAGAGGCAGUAACUACAUUUCCUUUCAUAUGCUUGGCUAUCCUCUACUUCCUAUCCGACGAGAGACGCAGUGAACCAGAGCAAGGGGAGGAGAAGAGGGAGUUGAUGCUAUCGAUGAAGAAGACGACUGGGAGGUAAUAUCCACUAAUCCUGGAGUCCCAUAGUCUGUGUGGUUGAGUUUCUAUUUGGAUUUGCUUUUAUACAUAGAUAUUUCUUGGGAAGAUGCAUACUUGGAUAGUGCUUGGUUUGUCUGGUAUAGACCUAGUGUUUCUUAAGGAUCAUGAACUUGUUUUUCUUCUUGAUGGUUUUUAAAAUAUUUUGGUUCGUGGAUCUACUGGUGGGUUCGGUCUAGGUGCUGCAACUUGAAUGUGCUAGUGUUCUUGAGUACAAAGUUCCUGGGUGUAUAUGCACGUGGGGUGCAGGUAGGUCCAGAUCUGUUGUUCUUGUCACAGUUGUUAGGGUUGGGAGGGAGGCAUUGCAUUAAUAACGGGAAAUUGCUUUUUUUGGUUUGUACUGUAUUCCCCUAGAGGGGGUUGAUGAUUUGAUGGCAGCAGAACAGUAACUGAAAAUGGUUUGUACUGUACUGAGCAUGAACUUUAUUGCAGAUGCCACCAGUGAGGGGCAAUUGUGGCCAGAAAAAGCAGACACAUAUGUUGCUCUUUGAAUGGAAAAUAGGAUGUUCUAGCAGAGAUGUUGAUGUCAGUUCUCCUCCAACAAUGUAUGAAGAUCUGGGGGUGCUCCCGAACUGGACAGUUCAGACCUGCUACUCUCCUAAAGAUUUGAAAGUUGCUAUGCAUGGUUGGGGGAGGAUAAGAAGGUAGCAGUCAGGUCUAUAGGGCUCAGCGGUGUGCUUGACAUCGAUAUGUUCGCAAACAAACAUAAGGAGCAGUCCAUGCAGCUGUUGAUGAGUGUCAUCCCUAAGAAAUCAGUUUUAUCGUUGGACACAACUGGAAGGUACAUUGAACGAAGAUGUCUGCUGUAGAGUACUUGGGACCAGGAAUGGUGGUUCAAAUGAAAUAGAAGUUUGCUCGUGACCAACUGAGAUAGAUGAUAUAAAGUCAGUUAGGAGGCUUCUGAAACUACAAGAAUCAUUUGUGCCAAUAAAGUUUGAUGAACUUGGCAAAAUCUUGGUUAAGGAGCAUGCAUCAGGAAUGGAUGCAGAUGAAACAAUAAGGUUCCAAAGGGCAUUUGCAAUGCUGUACGUUUCGUCAUUUGUAGGUCCGAGGGAUCACCCAAAACAAGCUACUCAUUCGGCUUGUCAGAUGGUUCUGGAGCAUGCUGAUUUAAUAGAUUUAAACUGGGGCAAGUACACUCUGGAAGAAAUUUUAGUGGGUGCCACAAAAAACAGAGGCAGACUAAAUUUGAAAACAGCUUGGGUAUAUGGAUGCCCGUUAGUGUUAAUGGUUGUUUUCUUUGAUUCGAUUGAAAUAGGAUUCAUAAAGCUGGAUCAAAAAGUUGAGCCGCGUAUCAAAUACUACAAUGCUAGCUUGCUGGAAGCACUUGUGCAUUAUAAUUGUUCCAAGGUUGAUGGUGUAACGACAUAUGGAGUGCUUAAGCCAAAGAUAAAAGAUCGUGACUUCGAUGAUGAUGAAGGGGAGGAUAGCAUUAAGGCAUUGACAAGAAAGGCGAUCCCAUGGUUCACUUCACAUGUUGAAAGGAUGGCGGUGGAGGGGACUGGUUGUAGCAUGGAUUUACACGCUAUGCUCGAAGCAGCAUCAGGGGCUCAAUCAAGAGAUAUUGACCUAAUUAAGGAAAGAUACUUGCUGAAUGAGAAGACAACAGUGGUUGAAGAUAUCAGAAAGCUAUUUGACUACAUCAUGUCGAUCAGGAAUGAAACGAAGAGCAACAACAUUAGAUAUCUGCUAGCAUGUGGAAAAAAUUCAAUUCAAGACUUGAAGAAAGAAAAGAUGAAUAUAACGAGAGAGAUUUGUUCAUCGAAAAAUACAAGUGUGACAGAGUGUGCCACUUCAGUGAAGGAUACAAGAAUGGAGGGGAAAGCGAUUGAUGGCACCGAGAUUGUUGGAGCUUACAUACCAGAUCUUAACAUCCCAACGUACGAAGAAGGAGAAUUUGUAGGCCAUAAUAAUGACUAGGCAAUGAUGACAAAAAAAGGCUAGCAUCAGAUAUGACUGGAGGGGAGGAGAUUGUUUUCCAGCCUACAAAA